AUGCCACGCCCAUCGCUCAACACCGAUCCAUACUCGGUGAUCCUGCCCGAGAACCUUGUAGGACUCAACAAAGGAAAAACAGCGGUGGUGACAGGCGCUGCUCGGGGCAUUGGGAAAGUCAUUGCAGAGGCGCUUGCAAAGACCGGGGCGAACGUCGCGUUGCUAGAUCUCGAUGCCGAACGACAAGCCGGCACGAAAACGGAGUGUGAGAAAAUCGGCGUCAAAUCAUUCGCAUAUGGCUGCGACGUGACCAAUUAUUCCCGGUGCAAGGAGGUGUUUGCGCAGAUUGAGAAGGACCUGGGUCCCGUUGAGAUCCUGGUCAAUAAUGCCGGGCGCAAUAAUCGGAAACCUAUGGCCAUGGAAGGCUUCGAGGAAUUCUGGGCCGGCGUGGAAUUGAAUUUGAAGGGGGCCUCAAUCUGUUCCUGGUUGGUUCUCCCCGGCAUGAGGGAACGCAGGGAUGGUUGCAUCAUAAACAUCGCUUCUCGAGCUGGCACGGUGAACACUCCGUUCGCUGGUGCCUACUCGACAGGCAAGGCUGGUCUCAUUCGAUUGACGGCGUGUCUCCAGGCCGAGUUGGCCGUCGAUGGGUUCGGAGAUAGCAUCCACGUUUACGCUCUACAUCCCGGUGCAGUUAAGACCGACAUGACCCUACCGGUCCACGCCGACGUGGCAGAACGCUAUCCCGCCAUGGCGGAAAAAUGGCGGUCGUUCCACAAGCUAUUCAAGGUGUUGCCCAGUGUGUGCGGUCAGACGUGCGCUUUCUUAUCGACGGGGAAGGGGAAGGUAUUGGCAGGGAAGUACUUCGACUGUGAGCAAGACAUUAGCACUGUGGUCGCAGCUGGCAAGGAAGGGCUCCAGGGGCUGUAUGACCUGAAAGUCGAAUUCUUGGGAGGUCUGCCCAACGACGGAGGCACGGCACUGGCGAUAGACGUGAAGAAAUAG